AUGAGCGCAAAUAACUCCUUGCCUUCUCAAUGUCAAGAAAUCGUUGAUUUAAUGAGAAGAAUGGUUGAAGAGGUUGUAAACAUUGUGAUUGUUGCAGCCGUAUCAAGAAUGCAUCAGGAUCAAGUAACAGCAAGGGAAGCCGUGGCAAUGAAACUUCGCAAAACCAUCACAAAAGCUAUGGAUUAUUACAAAGCAAAGUUUUCUGAAUAUGGCUUUGAUGACAUGAAUCAUUUGGGCAGGAGAACCAUCUUAAAGCCAGAAACCUCUUACACGGUUCAGCUCGUUGUCGAUUCAACAAAGAAAUUUUUCAAAGAUCUCGAUGGUUCUGUCAAUUAUGAAAACAACAAUGAAGCUUUGUUGACUUUAGAGGGUAAAGCGCAAAAGGCGUAUCACAAUACUCACCAUCUUAGUCGAGAAUUUUUGGCUGCAUACCUCGGAGACAGAUUUGGUGUUAAUGGCGUCAAUUGGUCGAAACUUAAAAAGCAAGAACGAAAAGAGACUAUGUAUAUGAUUGAAAGCAUUGUCUACUAUUGGAACAAACGCUCUGAUGAUUCAGGGAUUCCACCCGAGGAUGAUGCUGCUAGUCGUAUCUUUGAUCUGGAUGCUAAUACGCCCAUGGUUCCAUUGCAUCUUGCAGACGCAAACUGGAUCGCUUGUGAGAUGCGCAAAAUUAAUCACAAUCUUUUUGACAAUGUUUGUGGGCCCCUUUCCGGAUCGAUGUUGGGUGGUAUGGCUAACCUCCAUGUUAAUUCAAGUAAUGCCUCUAAUCCCUCUCUUUCAUCUUUUACGCGUACCAUGUCCACGGAUGACAAUGCUUACGAUGAUAUUCCGAUGGAAGCUUACUCGAUCACAAACGAUGAAAUUGUUCCAACUUUCUCUGUUCCUUCUAAGCCACCUACCACACCUACCACACCUAUCUCAUCUAUGCCACCUACUCCAUCUAUGCCAUCUAUGCCACCUACUCCAUCUAUGCCAUCAAUGCCACCUACUCCCUCUAUGCCAUCAAUGCCAUCUACUCCAUUUAUGCCAACAAUCACAUCAGUACCGUCUCCUACUUCUGAAUUUUUUUGCAUCUACCUCUCCCCCGACAUCUUCCUCGCUUCCAGUCAUACCUCCCCCUUGACCUUCUUUACCAUCUCCUUCACUUUCAUUACCCCCCUCUGGCCCCAUGGCUUCAUCUACUCCUUCUGGCUCGUCUGCUGUCUCUACUUCUGUGUCUGUCUCUUUGGAUGUUGGUGACAAAAAUAGCAAGAAUAACAAAAGAAAAGCCAAUGAAGCAAAUCAAAAGCCAGAUAAGCGCCUUCCAAGAUCGUCUCGUAGUUUAGGUGGGGAAUUAUUUUCUCUCUGAGUUUUAACCUGCCCUAUUUAAAACUUUUUUUUUCCUUUCUUUUCCUUUCUUUUUCUUUUUUUCUCUCUUCUUUCUUCUUUCUUCUUUCUUUAAAUAAAAAAAUAAUACUAAGUCUAU